AGGACCAACAAAGUACAAUCCUGAAGCAGCCGACUUCAUACCCAGAGAGCACUUAAGUCACCACUCUAGCUGGAGGAGUCAUGGCAGAGUCGAAAGCAACAGAAAUUGGGGCAGAACCAGCAAUCUGCCUUCUUCUCUACCACAUCCGCCAACUAGAGAAAGUAAUGACAGUCCUUCACAGAAAAUGCACUCCUACCACAGCUCUGCCAAGAGUAACAAUGGAAGGCAAGGAUCCCCAGAAAUCACAAGCAAACCUGUGAAGAACCACAGCUUUCAGAAUCAAAGGUGGCAUCGGUCUCGAAGUGAAAGAUCACACACAAGGAACCAUCCAAGGCAGCCUCUUUCUGACACCUCAGCAAGGCCAUCAUUUGGAACCACACCUCUUGGUGAUUGGCGCAUAAGAACCAGAGAUCCCAGUGACCUGUGUUCAUCAGAAAGUGAGAAAGAAGUUGGCAGCGCUGAUAGCCGUGGUGCCAAGCCAAAGAGACUGACUCAUGUGUCUGGAGGAUCCCUGCGUGGACCUCGCGAUAGAACAAAAGCAUUAUGAGCGGGAGAAACGGGUAGCUCCCAAGCAAAAAACGGAAGAAAUGUUUGAAAAUAUACCACCUCGAGACAUUGCAAAAUCAGGAAACCAUAAUGAAGAGCGCUUCAAAUCACUUGAACAUUAUGAAGGCAUCGGAGGAAAUGAGCAGAAGCAGAAAGCUUCAGGUCCUGGAAUUAAGCCUUCACGAGAAUCUCUAAACUGGAAAAAACCUCAGGAUGAUCAUGCAAGUAAGACAGAUGAAGUGCUGGGGAGUAAACCUUUAAGACACGAUAAAAGUCAUUCAGCAGUUUUUUCAUCUAAAGAGAAGAAAGCUGAUCGUGUAAAGGAGCCUCCCUUAUCUAACACAUAUCCGGAGCCAAAGUCCCAUGGACACCACUGGACGACAGAUGAGAAGCAUGCAGGAAGGAAACACCCCUCUCAAGACCGUGCUUCUAAACAAUCUAUGCAGCCUGGGUUUAGCCGCCAAUGGAAGAAACAUGACUUACCAAAGAAUAAGGAAACGCAUACAGGGUCACUGAUUGAGCAAUUGACUACAGAGAAGUAUGAGUGUAUGGUAUGCUGUGAAAUAAUACGAGUUAUGGCUCCAGUCUGGAGCUGUCAGAGCUGCUACCAUGUGUUUCACCUGAACUGCAUUAAAAAAUGGGCCAGAUCUCCUGCAUCACAAGCUGAAGAUGGGAAUAGUGGCUGGAGGUGCCCCGCUUGUCAAAAUGUCUCCUCUCGGGCUCCAAGUACUUAUACCUGCUUUUGUGGAAAAGUAAAUUACCCAGAGUGGAACAGAAAUGAAAUUCCCCAUAGCUGUGGGGAGCUCUGUGGAAAGAAGCGCUCCGGCCUUGAUUGCCCCCCUCACACCUGCAACAUCCUCUGUCACCCAGGACCUUGCCCCUCCUGUCCUGCCUAUGUGACAAAGGCCUGUGAAUGUGGUAGAACCAGCCAGUCCGUUCGCUGUGGGCAGUCUUCAACCUUGCACUGUGCAAAUGUGUGUGGAAAUCCGUUGAACUGUGGGGAGCACAACUGCAAUCAGGUGUGCCAUGCUGGGAAAUGCCAGCCAUGCCAGCAAAUUAUACAUCAAGCUUGCUACUGUGGUGGAAGCUCAAGAGAUGUGUCCUGUGGAACAGACAAGGAUAACUAUGAUGGCUUUGGAAACUUCUCCUGUCAGAAGCUCUGUGGCAAGAAACUAAAUUGUGGUAAACAUGGAUGUAAUGAAGUAUGCCACCCGCAGCCUUGCCAGCCUUGUCCCCGACUUCCCCAGAUAGUGCGUUUCUGUCCGUGUGGGCAAACUCCUUUAAGCAAAUUGCUGGAGCUGGGUUGUGUGGACCGAAAAAAACGUGCACAGAUCCCAUACCAUCUUGUGGGAAGACCUGUGGCAAGC